UAUUAAAUGACGUCGUAUAAGUCGGAGCACCGAGGGCCUCUCGUUUCAUGAGAGAAACAAAAAAUCUUAUCUUUCUGACAACGGUGGUGGUGUGUGAUGUUGUCAGCCAUGGCAAAGACAGAGCUACAACGAUCUCUCUCUCUUUUCUUCUUCUUCUGUGUCUGUCUUUAAAUAGAGUCUCUUUGAAACGAAGCAGCUUUGUCCUGUUCUGAUAUCCAUGGCUUUACCUUCGUGCUUAAAGACUGGAGCUUUAAUGUCUCCGGCCACUGGAUUUAAUUUUUCCGGCAGUCUUAUGAAGUCAGACAGCGGCUUCGCCGUUCCGACAAAGUUACAGAGUACUCGAAAAGGUGAUCGAGAGAGAUUGAGAGUCCAAGCUAUUUUCAGUUUCCCUCCUGCGUUUCUGACAAGAAACGGUCGAGCUGAGAAACAGAAACAGCUCAAACAAGAACUUCUUGAAGCCAUUGAGCCUCUUGAACGUGGUGCUACGGCCUCGCCUGAUGACCAGCUUCGGAUUGAUCAGUUAGCGCGUAAAGUGGAAGCAGUUAAUCCCACCAAGGAGCCUUUGAAGUCUGAUUUGGUCAAUGGAAAAUGGGAGCUCAUUUAUACAACCUCUGCUUCGAUUUUGCAGGCAAAGAAACCAAGGUUCUUAAGAUCAAUAACCAACUACCAAUCUAUCAAUGUGGAUACACUUAAGGUGCAAAACAUGGAGACUUGGCCUUUCUAUAACUCGGUAACUGGAGACAUAAAACCCCUCAAUUCGAAGAAGGUUGCUGUGAAACUCCAAGUGUUUAAAAUUCUCGGAUUUAUUCCUAUAAAAGCACCUGAUAGCGCCCGCGGUGAACUUGAGAUUACCUAUGUGGACGAGGAACUACGGUUAUCAAGAGGUGACAAAGGGAACUUGUUUAUAUUGAAGAUGUUUGAUCCCACUUAUCGAAUCCCUCUUUGAUCUACCAAACAAAUGGUACCGAGCCAUCCAUCAUACAUACUUGCUACAACUUGCUAUGUCUCUCUUCAUCAUGUAUGUAAUCUAACAUAAGAAAAAUUAAUAAGAGGGAAAAAAUGAGACGAGCUUCUGUCAUUGUUUCAACUUGUUCAAAUCAAAGAUUCUGAAUCUUGAUUUGGUUGAGCAGUUAGUUCCAAUCCUAAACUAUGUGAUGCUCAAGCAGUACAACAAGAAGACCUUGAAGCUCCUCAAAAAUGCUUAGAUCAUUUUCUCUCUAUAUCUCAUAUUUUUCUUUCAUCUUUCAUUCAUGUCUCAUGUCUGGUUCCAUGACCUUUCUACAUUGUUUCUGUUGAUUUAUGAAUCUUCAAUAACACUACAAGUUAAACCAAUUAGAAGUGAGUUGGUUAUGGUCCGGUACAAAGAUCACAACCGGAGAAGGAUUGAAGAGUGGUCAAAGCGAUGGUCAGAGUUGGUUGGUUCCGUCGAAACAGGAAGAAAGGUAGAGCC